AUGACACCCGACUACAGCAAAGAGUAUUCAAAAUGGGUCAAAGAAGUGGCGUUGAAGCACUGCAAGGAGAAAAUAAAAAAGGUCGAGCGCAACCAAAUCAUGAAGAUGCCGACAGAGAAACUUGACGGGUUACAACGAUUCUACUUCUAUUGCGAGCGGUAUCUCCUUCACUAUGAUCUUUGCAACAUGGGAGAACGAACGGGAGACAAGCUGGAUCGCAAGGAUAAAGUGAAGUCUUCAAUCCUGGACUGCUGGAACAAGGAGGUCACUGGUUAUAAUGAGAUAAUUGUAGCUCGGUGGCCGGACGGUCCACAAGCAGACGCGGACAAAGCUGAUAAAGGCGAUUCGACGUCUGGGGCCUUCUUGAGCCGCAUCACUGGCAGCACACGCACAAGCCGCGGCGAGGGGGAUGACACUCGGCUGCUAACGUCGUCCGAACCUGCCCGAACAAUCGAAGAAGUAGACCCGGCUGAUCCAACAAUCCGAACGCCCCUCUUACAGAGUCCUUCUCAACAGGACUUCGACAGAACCGGGACGCUACCGCAUCGAAUGCUGAGUCGAGAAGCGAACGUUGAGCGCACCUUUGUUAGAAGUCAGACUGUCCCGAAGUGCACCGAGAUGGCUGAAGAACCCCACGUCACUGCUGAACAAUUUGACAGAUGGUUCUACACUGGUGUAUUGAUCUGCUGUAAACAGGAAAAGACUACGCAGACCCGCCCUGAGCUUCAUCUCGCCUGGAAAUCGCUUCGGGAUCGUUGCAGCGAUUUUGCGCACAGAAACCUGAGAAAUCCAAACGAAGCUGAGCACUAUCAACGGGAGGUGGAAAAGUUGUGGUAUCUUACCGAUACCGGGGAACCUUUGAGGGAAAUGUGGCCAAACGGACCGAAGCUCCCUGAUACUACCAUGGAAGACAACGCUUCCAAUGAAAGCGCCUCUACUACUGGUGCUUUGACGGGGAUUUUGACUGCCGUACUGAGCAUCUUCACGAGCAAUACCCUCGAGAACAAUCCUGAGCAUCCUACAGAGCGAACCCCACUGUUGCGUCCUGCAAGAUCAUCUAACGACCGCAACACAAGCGAUUCCAUGGAGACCAAGGAGUCUUUAAAGCGUCGACCGUCGUUAAUUGGUAGCGAGUCUGACGACUCUCCGACCUGUUGA